AUGUGCUGGUUCAGGAAUGGACUUAUGCAACUAUCAUUUGGGAACAUGACAUUGGAGCUCAACAUAUUCAACAUAUGCAAGCAGCCUGCAAACAAUGAAGAUGACAAAGAAGUUUACAUGAUCGAGACAAUUGUACAAGAACAUAAUGGUUGGGUACCAAAAUUUGAGGAGCUGCCAAUUGUGAGUGAUGAGACAAAAUCAUCAAGAGAAGAAGCCCCAAAGUGUGAAUUGAAGCCUCUUCCUGCUGGACUUAAAUAUGCUUUUUUGGGAGAAGAUGAGACCUAUCAUGUGGUAAUAUCUUCUAAACUAGAGCUUUUGCAUGAAGUUAUGUUACUUAAAGUUUUGAAAGAUCAUAGGACUGCUAUUGGAUGGACUUUAGCUGAUAUUAAAGGUAUUAGUCCUUUGGUUUGCCCACACAAAAUUUUUCUUGAAGAAGAUGCUAAACCAGUUAGGCAGGCUCAACGUAGACUAAACCCAACAAUGAAAGAAGUUGUACAAAAAGAAGUACUUAAACUUUGGGACGCAGGUAUCAUAUGUCCAAUUUUUGAUAGCAAAUGGGUGAGUCCUACACAGGUUGUUCCUAAAAAAUUAGGAGUCACAGUAGUUGAAAAUGAUAAUGGAGAAAUGGUACCAACUAGGAUCACUACUGGAUCGAGAAUGUGUAUUGAUUAUCGUAAAUUGAACUCAGUCACAAGAAAGGAUCAUUUUCCUUUACCAUUUCUUGACCAAAUAUUGGAAAGAGUUGCAGGGUGUAAAGAGAAAAAUUUGGUGCUUAACUGGGAGAAAUGCCAAUUCAUGGUCACAUCUGGCAUUGUACUUGGACACAUUGUUUCUCAUAAAGGAAUUGAAGUGGAUAAGUCAAAAAUUGAUUUAAUUGCUAAUUUGCCUAUUCCUAAAACUGUUAAAGAUAUUAGAUCUUUUUUAGGACAUGCAUGUUUCUAUCGGAGAUUCAUACAAAAUUUUAGUGCAAUUGCAAGGCCAUUGAAUAAUCUAUUGGAGAAAGAUGCUAAAUUUGAUUGGAAUUAUGCAUGUCAAGAAGCAUUUGAGAAAUUGAUUAAAAUGCUAACAUCAACUCCUGUAAUGCAGCCCCCAGAUUGGUCCAUGCCAUUUGAAAUAAUAUGUGAUGCUAGUGAUGGUGCUAUUAGGGCAGUGCUAGGCCAAAGAAAAGACAAGAAGCCUGUUGUUAUCUGCUACGCAAGCAAAACUUUGAAUAGUGCACAGAAAAAUUACACUACAACUGAAAAAGAAUUGCUUGCUGACAAGAAAGAAGUGGAGAAUGUUGUUGCAGACCAUCUUUCUAGGAUAUCUUUUCAGGAGCCUUCUGAAUAUUUGCCUAUAAAAGAUUCAUUUCUUGAUGAACAAUUGUUUGGUGUUUCUAAAUUCCUAUGGUUUGCUAACAUUGUGAAUUUUCUUGCUAUAGGUCUUAUCCCACCUCAUUGGACCUCACAAGAGAAAAAGAAAUUUAUGGUUGAGGUGAGAAAAUUCUUUUGGGAUGAUCCGUAUCUCUUCAAAUAUUGUCCCGACCAGGCUUGUGGAGGUCACUUUUCUUCCAAAAAGACUUCGGCCAAAAUUCUUAAAUGUGAAAAUGUAUUGUCCAGGUUUGGUACUCCUAGAGCGAUCAUCAAUGAUGGAGGAUCACAUUUUUGCAACCGACCAUUUGAAGGUUUGAUGAAAAAAUAUGGGAUAACCCAUAAGAUUUCCACUCCAUACCAUCCACAGACAAAUGACCAAGCAGAACUUGCAAACAGGGAAAUCAAGCAAAUUUUGGAAAAGACGGUGAAUCCAACCCGGAAGGAUUGGUCAUUGAGACUAACUGAUGCCUUGUGGGCAUACCGUACUGCAUACAAAUCACCUCUUGAACAUAAAGCAUAUUGGGCUAUCAAAUUGUUUAACUUUAGUCUUGGAGAUGCAGGUACCUUGAGAAAACUCCAAUUGAAUGAACUUGAGGAAGUCAGGAAUGAUGCAUAUGAGAACUCACGAAUUUACAAAGAACGGCCUUUCAUUGUUAAAAAAGUUUUCCCACAUGGGACUGUUGAAGUUGAGGAUCCCAAGAAUGGAAAUAUUUUUAAGGUUAAUGGCCAACGACUUAAACCUUACUUGGGGAGAUGUGUUCCAAAAGAUGAGACAGUUUCUUUGAACGAACCUGUUUACCAGGAUUGA